CUUCUCGGCCGUGCCCCUUGGUCCUGGUGGCAGCGGUGGGAGCCGGAGGUCGUCCGGGACAGGUUCCCCUGGGCGCUCCCCCAUGGAGGAAGAGGCUGGAGCUACUCUGCCAGGGCUUAGAACUUUAAAUGAGAAUAAAGGGUAUUAUUUACGAGGAAAUGAGAGUGAAUAAGUCAUCUCUAACCUCUUCCAGCCUUGUUUUCGUAAGAGAGACCAUAUUAAACGUACGUGUAUAUAUCAUUGGCUGCUGCUUUGGGGGUUGAACGUCCUUCUGGGUGUCCAUUGUCCCCACGUAGCACGGAGGAACUUCUCUGCACUUCCAAGCAGAUUCCGACUUGCCGUUGUGUCCACGGAUGUCCUGUUUUCAAACUAUUUGAAGACUGCAUCAUCCUGCCUCCAGCACCAGCAGUUUCUCUGUUCUUGAUCAAUGUGAUUCACAGGAACUUUUAAAGUAACAAGCGAAAUGAGCCAGGGCCGUGGAAAAUAUGACUUUUAUAUUGGUCUGGGAUUGGCUAUGAGCUCCAGCAUUUUCAUUGGAGGGAGUUUCAUUUUGAAAAAAAAAGGCCUUCUGCGACUUGCCAGAAAAGGCUCCAUGAGAGCAGGUCAAGGUGGCCAUGCCUAUCUUAAAGAAUGGUUGUGGUGGGCUGGACUGCUAUCAAUGGGAGCUGGCGAGGUGGCCAACUUUGCUGCGUAUGCCUUUGCACCAGCCACCCUAGUGACUCCGUUAGGGGCACUCAGUGUCCUAGUGAGUGCCAUUCUUUCUUCAUACUUUCUAAAUGAAAGACUUAACCUUCAUGGAAAAAUUGGAUGUUUGCUAAGUAUUCUGGGAUCUACAGUUAUGGUUAUUCAUGCUCCAAAAGAAGAGGAGAUUGAGACUUUAAAUGAAAUGUCUCACAAGCUAGGAGAUCCAGGUUUUGUGGUCUUUGCAACACUUGUGGUCAUUGUGUCCUUGAUAUUAAUCUUUGUGGUGGGACCUCGCCAUGGACAGACAAACAUUCUUGUGUAUAUCACAAUCUGCUCUGUAAUUGGAGCGUUUUCAGUCUCCUGUGUUAAGGGCCUGGGCAUUGCUAUCAAAGAGCUGUUUGCUGGAAAGCCUGUGCUGCGACAUCCCCUGGCCUGGAUUCUGCUGCUGAGCCUUAUAGUCUGUGUGAGCACACAGAUUAAUUACCUGAACAGGGCCCUGGACAUAUUCAACACUUCCAUCGUGACUCCAAUAUAUUACGUAUUCUUUACAACAUCAGUUUUAACUUGCUCAGCUAUUCUUUUUAAGGAGUGGCAAGAUAUGCCUGUUGAUGAUGUCAUUGGUACUCUGAGUGGCUUCUUUACAAUCAUUGUGGGAAUAUUCUUGUUGCAUGCCUUUAAAGACGUCAGCUUUAGUCUCGCAAGUCUGCCUGUGUCUUUUCGGAAAGAUGAAAAAGCAGUGAAUGGCAGUCUCUGUAAUAUGUAUGAAGUUCUUAAUAAUAGUGAAGAGAGCUUAACCUGUGGAAUUGAACAACACACUGCUGAAAAUAUCUCCCGAAGAAAUGGAAAUCUGACAGCUUUUUAAUAAGAAAGAUGUAAUUAAAAGGUUAAUCUAUAAUUGUGUUAUAAAGUGAAUUUGAGUAUCAGAAUGAGUCUGAAAAAGCAUUGUUCUCAAAUAAUGUUCUCUAGAGACAAUCUUUUUUAAGGUUUCACUAAUCUGGACCAAGAAAUUACU